GCACCCCGCGACUCCCGAGCGGAGCUUGACUCUUCAAUCCCCUUCCCCGCGCACGCUUUCUCGGACCAUCCGCCGCCGCCGACGCCGCCCUCGUGCCCUCACCGUGCCACUCCCGCCGGCGUCAGCCUCCUCUCCUCCCUCUCUGCCGCGCGUCGCAUCGCGCAGCUGCCGUCGUCCUGGCGGAGCGCGGGGGCGGCUCCGGCCCGAUCAGAGGCGCCCGGUGAGGCGGCGCGGGGCCGACCGUGGGGGAGGCGCACGGCGGUGGGGCGGCCCGUGUAGAGGAUGAUCUACACGGCGAUUGACACCUUCUAUCUGACGGACGAGCAGCUGCGGGACUCGCCGUCGCGGAAGGAUGGGAUCAGCGAGGCCACCGAGACCGCGCUCCGCGUCUACGGAUGCGGCCUCAUCCAGGAGUGCGGCAUCCUCCUCAGGCUACCACAAGCAGUGAUGGCCACAGCACAAGUAUUGUUUCAUCGCUUUUACUGCAAGAAAUCAUUUGUUCGAUUUAGUGCAAAGAGAGUUGCUGCUAGCUGUGUUUGGCUGGCAGGGAAGUUGGAGGAGAGCCCUAGAAAAUCGAAGCAUAUUAUAUUUGUAUUCCAUAGAAUGGAAUGUAGGAGAGAAAACUUGCCAAUUGAAUAUUUAGAUGUCUUCUCAAAGAAAUACUCAGAACUGAGGCAUGAUCUGAUAAGGACAGAACGGCAUCUGUUGAAGGAGAUGGGUUUUAUUUGCCAUGUCGAACACCCCCAUAAGUUCAUAUCGAACUACCUUGUAACGCUUGAAGCCCCUGAGCUGACUCAAGAGGCAUGGAACCUUGCCAAUGAUAGCUUGAGGACAACUCUGUGUGUGCGAUUCAAGAGUGAAGUAGUAGCAUGCGGAGUUGUGUAUGCUGCAGCUAGGAGACGCGGUAUUGCCCUUCCUGAGGAUCCUCCGUGGUGGACUGUCUUCGAUGCUGAUGAAGCUGGAAUCCAAGAAGUUUGCCGGGUUCUUGCUCACCUCUACAGCCUCCCCAAGUCAGAGUACAUACCAGUAUAUAAAGACAAUGAUUCCUUUACUGUUAGAAGGACACCAGAGCCGCAGGUUUCAAAGGAAAGUCCUGCAAGUGCUGUUGCUAGUGAUAAGGGAACCCCUGUACCCUCAAGUUCUAGCCAGGAAAAGGAUUCGGUGACAAAGGCUGCACCAGACAAGGUCAAGGAAAAAAGUGACGAUGAAGGUAAGGCAUUGUCUGCUGAACUCAAUGGAAAACAAGAUGCAGCGGCGAAGUUGAAGAAUGAGAAAUCGGAGUCGGGUGUUGACCGGAGUCGGGAAAGAGAAAGAGAGAGAUCAAAAGGCCGGGACCGUGAUGGCAGGGGUAGGGAUUCUGAUCGUGAUAGCAGGGGCCGUGACUCGGAUUGUGAAAGGGACAGGAGACGACGUUCUAGGGAAAGAAGUUCAGGACAUUCAGACAAGGAGAGGUCAAGGCACCACUCGUCACGAGACCGUGGUGACUACUAUAGUUCCCACUCAUCUCGUGAAAAGGAUCGGCACAGACACCAUUGAUCAAUCUGAGGAUCCCUGUCCACAAAGAUUCGCUGCAAGGAGACCAACAGAAGAACGAAGCAGGAGAAUAUGUAGUGCGGGUGCCAUACUGCCAUCUCAUCAUUGCACAUGGCAAUGGCUUUCCCUUACCUCUAUUAUUUUGGCACCUGGAUUCUGUAACAUGCAAGGUAAUCAAUAUUUGCUGGGGACUUGAAUUUGUAGAAACGGAACCAAGGAGAAGUCGAGGCGCGGACCACGGGCAUUAAUUACCUCUUUGAACUGUCACGUAACGGGAGUAUGGAACCUGUCGUGCUGCUUAUCCUGUGUGAAUUGUAAUGCGCGUACUCGUACAUAGCUUGCGGAUGUUAGAAAAGAUAUACGGUAAUGCUAUAGAUCUGACGUCUGAAGUUUUAAAUUUUUUAAAAAUUGGACGCUCAGAUAUAUAUUGCAAUAGUUAAGCAUUUAAUAUUGCAACUA